GUUUAUAUUAAUUUAAUUAGUUUAAUAUUUAUAUUAUCAUAUGAUAAUUGUCUUGAAGUGAUGGCUUAUUUUAUAGAUUCGUGGUUCUUGUGGAGCAUUAUUAGCCUCGGUUUGCUCUAUUGGUAUUUUACCCGAAACUUUGGCUUUUUUACCAAGCAAGGUAUUAGAGGGCCCCGACCUCUGCCUUGUAUAGGCAACCUCUGGGAAAUGUAUUUCACCUCGAUGCCCGACUUAGAGUUGCAGCGUUACAAGAAAUACGGCAAAAUAUACGGCUUAUUUGAGGGCAAUAAACCGAUACUGAGAAUUGGAGACCCAGAACUCGUCAAACAGAUUAUGGUAAAAGACUUUCACGUGUAUCAAACCCGUCGCCCGGGUUCUAACGCCAAACACCCGGUGGCCGAUCUUAUUAUGUCUCAAUCGCGCGACGACGAGUGGCGACGGAUGCGCACAACAGCCACUCCCAGCUUCUCGACGGCUAAACUGCGUCGAGUUUGUGAACUCAUGAACCGAUCGCUGGACCAGUUUGUGGACGCCGUGCGCACCAAAGCCCUACCCGAGCGAGUGGUGGACAUCAAGUGGUGGUACGCGUGCUAUUCAAUGGACGUCAUAGCGAACUGCAUAUUUGGCGCCACCACUCAGGCCUACGCCGACCCCAACGACCCGAUGGUAGUGAACGGUCGGGCGAUGUUCCGUCCCGUGUACUGGCGAUGGUUGGCCACAAUGCUGUUCCCCACGUGGCUAUUGAAUUGGCUGAACAUUCACUCCGAGACCAACGAUAAGUCGAUCGACUAUUUCUGUCAAUUCACGCGACAAUUGAUGCGUUUGAAGGAAAGGGAGGGAACGGAAGGGAACCGAGAAUUCAGUGAUUUUAUUAAUCUUCUUACAAAACAAAAUAACAUGAAAAGAGAAUUCGAUGGGAGUAUUGGUAAUGAAGGCAAACAACAGCUAGAAGUGGAUGAAAGCGAUGGUGAGCUGAACCCACUCGACGCCAACACACCGGCGGCCAACAAAUAUCGGACAACCAAACAGUCGACUCUCCGGCCGAUGACAGAAGACGAGGUGAUCGCACAGGUAUUCUCGUCGCUGACCGGAGGGUUCGAGGCCGGCAACAACGCACUCGCCUUCUGCACACUCGAGUUGGCACUCCAUCCGGACAUUCAGGAGCGGGUGUACGACGAGGUCGUGUCCGUCACCGGGGAGUCCGGCGACGGCCGCAUAGACUACGAAACGUUGGCCCGAAUGACAUACUUAGACGCUGUGGUCAGCGAGACUCAACGCUUUCACUCGGCAGCCCUGCGCCCGACACGGGUGGCCGCUAUGGACCACACACUGGGCGACACCGGAAUACAUGUACGUAAGGGACAGACUAUUGAGCUGAUGGCGUACGCUAUGCACCGGUCGGACGAGUACUGGCCCCGCGCCGACCGUUUUGACCCUGAGCGUUUUAUGCCAGAAAAUAGGCAUUUGAUUAAUCAAUACGCGUACAUACCGUUCGGCGCCGGACCCCGUGCUUGCAUUGGCCAGCGGUUUAGCUUAAUGAUGAUUAAGUUAGGUGUGGCCCGAAUGGUCCGUCAGUUCAAGUUUAGGCCGUGUGAGCGAACACGAGUGCCCACACCUCUGGUCAAGAAUAUGCGCUUCAAAGCGGCUCAAGAGGUCUAUCUGUCCGUCGAGACACGUGCUUAA